ACGUCCAGCUAAACAGACUGCUCCGCCUUAAUCGCUCUAGUUGAGGUGGUGGGGCCAGUAUAUUCUACGGCAUCGAUUGGCUAACGACGGUUCCGUCUGCCUAUGUUCUUUCAUAGAAGAGUUAGCAUCAUGCACGAAAUUACUGGGGGAUCCGCGCGGGAGAUCCGUCAAAGCAGUGUCCGUUAUUUUCUCCUGUCUCCUCUAUCCAAGUAGAAGUUAGAAGAAAGACACGCAAAUUACAGCUAGCAGUAAUAGUAGCUGCACUAGAACUACGAACCAUUUCUCGCUGUCGCGCUUGUUGUUGUUCAGAUAAUACUUUCUAAUUAUGUAGAGAAGACACCGGCAUUGAACGCCUGUCCCGCCGUUGGCGCUGCUAUUGCUAUCGUGCUGACGGAGUGUCGCGAAAAGAGCCUUUCUUCUGGUGUCGCAUUUUCUCGCGUUCUAUUAAGCUCGUACGACAGGAAAUCACGUCGCGAUUGAACGAUCGGUCUAGUGUGAUAACGGUAAGUCGACUCACCGUUGUAGCUCUUUAAAAUCUUCGCUCUGUCCGGGUAACUACAGACAGACCCAGCCGUCUUGCUAGAAAAAAUGGUGUAUCGGACGAGCGCGCCCAGGGUUGCGUUGGCGCUAACGUUAAGCACUACAAGCGAGUUGGCCAGCCAACGAGCGACUGUGAACGAAAAGAGCACAAGAUAGAUUUUGUGCGUUUCAAUAAUUCCGUAUAACUAUACGAGCGUUGAAUCCAUGAGGUAGAGUAAAAGGAUACAUGUAGGGCGAAAGAAUAUAAAUAUGUAAGAAGAACUACAGGGAUCAACCGAAUAUCCUUGUGAGACGAUCGUGUGAAAUCGUAAAGCCUAAAUAGACAAGACUAGCAGUGAGACAGUUGAUGGUAUCAGCGAAGAUCCGAGUACAGUGCACGGAUGGAAAUAUUUCAAACGACCAGAAAUUUUAGUGUCAUUUAUUAGGAGAACAUUUACAGUGACAGUGCAUCGGUUUCGGACAGGUGUCGUUGCCGUGUCGGAUUGUAAGGAAUGUGUGUGACAUGUAGAGAAAACUUAUAAGAAAAGCUUUAAAGGGUUUAAGUCGCUGUCCAGAGCCCACUUCUGUUUUUGGUGCUGCUGACCCCAUGUUUCAAGGAUUACGCUGUGUCCUUUCACGGUUCGCGUAUAGCUAUAUGAGUUAACGCACCUACGUGUUGAGAGUUUCGCCUACUUAGUAGAGCAGUCGUAUCAGGUUGCGUGUCAUUUAGCUAUCGCUCCAAAUAUCUCUAUUGGCCCCGGCUAGUUCUUACCUAAUAUGAAUUCUCGCUUCGUUUCUUCUAUUCAUUCUAACAGAGAAUGGGAGAAUGAUAUGAUAAACGCGCAGCUGAUUGACGCAUGUAAAAACUGACACCUUCAAAUCAUUAUUUGCGUCGAAAUCUCAUACCGUGUUGAAAAGGCUGGCUGAAGUUCAUUGUCGUUAAUAGCUCUGUGCGUGCAUUGCCAUUCCUAGUAACGGCCUAGAUGCUCCUGAAACCAUUAGCACCUGCUCUUGUUUUCUAAUACUUGUGGUAGCCGAACAGCUCAAACAAGGCGACUUAUACAUAUGAGUGACUGCCCUGCAUACGUCCGUGAGCCAAGAACGUCUGGAAACUGACAACAACAGCAGCAGCUAUAGCACUCAGUGAGUGCACAAUAAGUUUUUAUCUGUCCGAGUCACCUGCUUGCGAAGCCGGCGCGAUUCGACGGAACCCUUUUGCAUAGUAUCGCUUACAAAGCUGGACAAGGAACGACUUAAAAAUGAGCGGUCCCGCCGUUCAGCCAUCGGUGGGCCCGCCCCAACAGCAGCAAGGCAUGCUACAUAUGCUCUACUUUCAGUACAACUAUAAUCCCUCGACGGUGCUAACUGUGCGUGAUCGUCUUUGCCACGCGCUUUUUGUUAAGGUCAGCCAAAGCUAUUCGAGAAGGGUGCCUCCGUCUGCGCGGGCUGUUCUCGAAUACGCGCUCCUUGCCGUGGCUUUGUUAUGUUUCGCGACAUUAUCAUAUAUGCACUGCGCCUUUGUUCGCAGUCCAAUAGUUUGUCUCGAUCACGUUAGCCAACGGUGGCCUCAGGAUGGGGUUCUGCGAGUUGAGGUCGUCCGCGAUUCUAAAGCGCCGGUAAAGGAUCAGCGAUCGCUUGAAAGAAGUUAUUUAAAAGAGCUAGCCAUUCGUCAUAAUCUUGGAACUAGCCAUUUUAGCAUGUCUGAAGUGGAGCGUAUCAUGAACGCGGAUAAACAGGACAAAGAUCACGACUACACGUUUUCUCUAGGCCAAAUUUUUAGUGCCGUCACAGGCAAGAUGCGCGAAGAAUCCAGUGAGGCCAAAAAAGAUUCCACGUUCUCGAUACCAAAGGAUCUACUUGGCAUUAGCCAGCGUUCCAUUCUACUAUCGCAUAUCGAAGGCAACUUAACAGAGGUAUCAGAGCUACGCAUGGCCUUACAAGAAUUUGAACGCUAUAGACGAGGGGUAUGGCCCUCAGAAGAAGCCAUCGUCGAAUACAGCCUUGAUUACGGCAUGCUACGACUCGCUCCAGCUACGCGAAGUAAACUUAACGUUCCCGUUUACCACGUCACUCUCAAUUCGGAUUCCGAUGCCUGCUUCGGCGACUCUGUGAGCCGAUUUGUCUUACGUUAUCUUCUGGGUUAUGGAGAUAUUCUGAUGAGUUCGCUAAAACGAUUGGCUGAGCGCGAGGAUAAUAAGGGCUUCGUGAAAAACGUUGUUACUGGGGAACAUUUUCGUUUUGUUACAAUGUGGACCACGAGGACAAGUUAUAUAACUGCUGCUCUAGUCAUGAUCAUAUUUACACUGUCAAUAUCAAUGCUAAUGAGAUAUACUCAUCACCAAAUCUUCACGCUCAUAGUGGAGAUAUUACAUCUACUUGAAUUCAACUCUGGCCGUAGUUUUCGUACAACGCCAUUGUUUACCGUUGUCUUAGCUUUGGUUGGCAUGGAGGCAACAAUGAGCGAAUUCUUCAAUGAUUACACAACGGCGUUCGGGAUCAUUUUCGUGGUAUGGCUCGCUGACCACUUCUACGCCGUCUGCUGUCACUCAUCCAUAUCGAAACGCCACUGGCCGAGAUUUUUCUUCCUAUACCACUUCGCGUUUUAUGCUUACGAUUAUCGAUUCAACGGCCAGUACAGUGGGCUCGCUCUGCUUACAUCUAUCUUUUUUAUCUUGCAUUCGAUGGCAUACUUCUAUCACCGAUUCGAACUGCCAGCCAUUAUUCGAUCCUACGAAGGAGACGGCACCGCGACAGAGAGCCGGCUAUCCUCCCACGAGAGAAUGCCGACGCAAGCCGUUUCUGUUAAUGCUAAUGGUAGCUCUCAGGCGCCAGCUCAGUUUGUGAUUUCUGCUCGAGUGACAGUGACGCGAAGGGUGGACGCUUCCGCAGAUAGCGAAGAGCCUUCGCGGCUAUCGGCAGCGGUAGAGAACGAGCCCGCGGCAGACAUGAUGCCGGACGCCAACAGUGACGUCUCGCAGAAUAAUCGAAGAUCUGAUCAGCAGCGUCAGGUAUCGACUGACACACAACAAAACCCCGAGAAUGACAUCAGCAACAACCGUACCAGGAAGCUUUCGUGCAGCAGUGCUGAGGCCUCUUCUUGCGGCUGUUGCAGCUCAAACGAAACUAGCGAUCAAGAGUGAUCUUUGUUGACCGCUUGUUGAUGACGACGAUUAGGGCAAUGUUGACAGCUGACACUCAGAGAAGCCUGGCUUUCGUCAGAGUCUCGUAAUGUCUUCUUCGUUUCCCUAUUAUUUUUUGUCAACUUGCCAUAGAUUGACAAAGGAAGAACAGCAAAGGCAACAAGCUACAAUACCGACGCGGUGGCCCAGCUCAUUAUUGCUUCACUUCCAAAAGCUUCUAAAGAUGUCCGCUGACUCUUGUAUAUAAAAACUGCUCUUGUUUUUUUAGGUUAUAUAAGCAUGUGUACGAUUCAUUUAUAUAGAACGUUCCAAUAAACGUCAUCAGUUUCAUAUUGUCGUUUAAACUUCAACGUACUCUACGCUAGCUUAAUGUUUAGGGAUUUCUGAAACGAGUAUGUUUAGAUAUAUUUACAUGGCGAAUGUAUGUGCAUAUUCUCUAUUUAUUUUAGCUAAUUAUUAACCGAGUUAAGUAGGCGUGAUAAGACGAAAAGAAACAAGCCAUAGGAGGGUGAUGCAAACCCCGUACGCGAGACGGGCGUCUGGAAUUUGUGUAAACUAGAUUUUACGAGAAGUUAAUUGAUGGGAAAAUCGGGUGAACAUCAUAAAAGUUGUGGGAAGUGUUAAUAGUAACGCUACUCUCUAACGGUAGCGGUGGUCGGAAAGUACGCGUCGGAGCUGAAUAGAAGGUGAUGGAGAGCAGUAUUCAUUAGUAAGCUACCAAACUGUCAAAACGAUACACAAAAACAAAAAAAAAAAAAAAGUGGAUAUGCUUAUGCAGAAAACGACGAAUAGGACUGUUAGUAUGGAAACGAUUUAUCUUCCGUUUGCACGAAAAGUCAUCGAAAGCAUAGCUUAACUGGCUUCUGUUAUAUUGCGGCCAACGCUGUCUGCCCAGUGGAGGCGGUGAUCAAUUUGCGUUUGUUGACUUGAAAUUGGCCUAGGACCGAAUCAAUUCAGACGGCCAAACCCUUCUUGUUCCACAGGUAGCCUGGGAAAAGGAUCAAUACGGCGGGACCCAGCCUUCGAACCCGCCAAGUUAAAUUUGUUCUCGAGCAGUUGUUAAAGCGGUUGACGAUCGAUCGGUGAAUAACAUGACCAAUGCUGCUAGUUUUUGUUGUUUCAAUGGGGAAAUCCUAUUGGUUAUCGGUAAACACUAUAACGAUUCAUUAAUCGGAAUCAAAAGGCAGCAAAAACUAAACCGAGCCAUAAUGGGUCUGGGUUUUGGCCUUCCGUUCUUAGAUGGAUAUAUAUAUAUAUAUAUAUAUAUUAACAAAGAAAAAACUGAAAUAUCGAGAAACAGGCAAGCAUUAUGAUAUUGGCUUUGAUCGUAACAACUGCUGCAGAUAGUCUCCGCAAUACAGGACCAUAUAUGUGUUAGGCAGCAAACUAUUACUUAAUACGAACUUGGAAACCGG